AUGUCAGACUCUUUGGAAGUGGGUACCGGCGAAAACAGCCAGCGAAGCUCCGCUAGAAAGAACACAGCGCCAAACAUCUAUUUGGAUGCGGAAGAGGAGGAGGCAAAUGAUAAUGUCCAGGAGGAUCUUCAAUUGAAUUCCGAAGAGGAUGCAGGAGAAAAGGGUUUCCCGGAAUCGGAGGAGGCAAAUGAUAAUGUCCAGGAGGAUCUACAACUGGAUUCCGAAGAGGAUGCAGGCGAAAAAGGUUUCCCGGAAUCGGAUGAGGGCACCACACCCUCAUCUUCUGAGAGACACAAUCCGGUUACCCCCAGGGCCACAAUGGCAUCGAAUGUGGACUCGAUUACAGACUCAGAUCUCAGGAAAGCCUUCAAACAACUAGAGCCAAAGCUGGAGGAAAGCAUUCGUUCCACGAGUAAGAACCGCCGCUUGGAGUACUUUCGCAGUGGAGCCGAUGCCGACUGCCAGGUGCAUGUUCUGAGCACCUGCGCCGAUUCCGAGGAUUCGGAGGCCAAUGUCUGCUACAAGAAGUUCGGCUGCCACCGGAUUUUUCUGGCCACCGCCUCGGACAAACUAGAGCAGGAUGUAUACAAGAAUAAGCAGUGGAACGGUGUGCUCCAGAUCAAUGGAGUUUCACCCGAGAGCGUGGAGAUCUUCUUGGAGUUCAUAUAUACCUUUGAGGUGACCUCGCCGCUGGUUAAGUUGCCCCUUGUCAACGACAUCUUUAUCCUGUCCUGCGCCUACAACAUGCCGGAGCUCCUGAUCUCAUUUUCCGAGAAACUAAAGCAUCAGGAAUGGCCAUUAGAUGAGAUCUUUCCUGCUUUAGACCUGGCAUUUCGGCACAACAUCAUGGAUCUGGAGCGGGUGUGCAUGGAUAAAAUCAUGGAGCAUGCCCAAAACCUGACCCAGGAACCCAAUCUGUUGAAGUUGCAGGUUUACGCCCUGAACUAUGUGAUCCAACAUUGGAUGGUGGAGGAGCUGGUGCCCAUGGAGGAUCUCAUGAACAUCGUGAAGCAGUACCAGGAGACCAACGAGAUUACUUUCGCCAACACCCUAAAUUUCCCGCACUUUACCAAGAUCAUCAAGUACUUUCCCAACGCCCUUUUGGAUUCUGAAGGGAAUAUUAGUAGGUUUUAGAAAAAAAAUGAAUAGUAGGAAAAAGGUUGAAAAAAGUCGUUAAUAUUUAUCUCAUACUGUUUGAAAAAUCCCAAUUUAAAUUAUCUGUCAGCGGGAAAUAAUAAAGAAUUGCCACUUUU